AUGGUGUCGGUGUGUCAACCAUUUCUGGCAUUAAAAAAAAUUAAAGAAAAAAUAAAUAGUUACAUUGCAAGUUAUGUCGCAACUCCAGCGCGUAGAAAAGCUUUGCGAAAACCAGAAUAUCCAGAAAUGGAAGAUAAGUUGUAUAAAUGGUUUCAGUUACAGCGAGAAAAACAUGCUACAUUCACAACUAACUUUUUAAGAGAAAAAGCUCUGAAAAUUUUUACUAAAUGUUAUAAAGACAAAACGUUUAUUGCAAGCAGAGGAUGGAUCAGUCGAUUUAAAAAUAGACGUGGUAUUCGUCAAUUAAAAGUGGUUGGAGAGAAACUCUCUAGCGACUCAUCUGCAGUACAACCGUUUUUACGAAAAUUCACUAAAAAAAUGACUGAGCUGAAUGUAUUACCCAGCCAAAUAUACAACGCAGAUGAAUCUGCAUUAUUCUGGAAACUACUUCCCGAUCGUACGUUGGUGCAUGCCGGAGAAAGAACUGCUCCAGGGAGAAAAACAUCAAAGGAAAGAGUAACUUUUCUUGCUUGUACAAACGGAGAUGGCACACAUAAACUUAAAAUGUUGGUUAUCGGAAAAGCAAAAAAUCCGAGAGCUUUUAAAAACUGUGCCUGCCUUCCAGUUGAAUAUUUCUCGACAAAAAAUGCUUGGAUGACUUCAGCUCUUUUUGUAAAAUGGUUUCACGACUCUUUUGUUAAACAAGUUAGAAAAUUUCAAGCAGAAAACAAUCUGAGUGGUAAAGCAAUUUUGUUAAUCGACAAUGCGCCAAGUCACGCAUCGGAAACCAAAUUAAUAAGCGAUGAUGGUGAAAUUAUAACAAUGUUUCUGCCACCCAAUUGUAUUCCACUUAUCCAACCUAUGGAUCAAAAUGCAAUUCGUUUAACGAAAGUGUAUUACCGGAAAAGUCUCUUAGAACAUGUUCUAUCUAUAGAGGAAGACGAUAUUUCCAAAGCACUGAAGAAUAUUUCUAUUAAGGAUGCUGUGUUCAUGCUUGCCAAUGCUUGGGACAAACUAUCGGCUAAUUUAAUAGCAAUUAAAAGUAAAACAUGA